AUGGCAGGUACCGACCAAGCUCCACCAGCCUCCACGGCAACACUGGACGACGCCAUGUCUGUCGGCAUCAAGCGUGGGCGAGAAGAGUCGCCGGAAUCACUCUUCAUGCCACAGGGCGGAGAUAAUGACGGCAGUGAAGAAGAACAUGAGACCGAACAGGUACAGCUCGUCAGCGGGUACAGAUCCAAGCGACGAAAAACUGAGCGUGCAGACACUCCGAAUACACUUCUCACUGCCCAAGCCGAUGAGCAGGAUGACCUCGGCACUGCUGAGAUACGCGAAGUGGAGAGUCCAUUCACUACCUACCACUUGGAUAUGGCCGAUCUGGAAGCAAGUGGCAGCGAGCCAGUAGGUGACCUUGGCUUCCGAGAAGGCUACCCGGAGAUCGCUGCAUAUCAUCAUGCAUUUCCGAUCGUCGAGAAGAGAGUCACGGGCGUGUGUGACUUUCUGAUCACGUGCAUCGAGCAGUUGAGGGCUCUUGGCUGGAAGGAAGACGACAUCGAGCCGAUCUACCAAGAGCUACAAGUCUGUCGCAAGCCGUCAGACACGUAUCCAUCCCCAUCACUCGCAGCUUUCUUUGGGCCUACCGGCAAAGGCAAAUCUUCCACCAUGAACUCUGUUCUUGACGCUCUCAGAAUCGCCUACGAGCACUCAGGCUCCAAUCGCGGCACCUACAUCACGCAUGUAUACAUGGCUGCACCUGACACUCAGCCUCCUGGCCACGUAGCGAAGGUGUAUUAUCUCGACGAGCGAGGUGUCUCAGUACAGUUGCUGCGGCUCUGCGGCCAUAUAGUUAACCACCUCAACUUCGAGAUGAGUUCCAAGGAUGGCGACGAAGACAGCGAUGACGAAUACGAUGCCGGAGAAGACGUCUCAAGCUAUGAGCAAAAGUAUGACACCGCCCUGGAGUGCCUUCAUGACGCAUUGUGCAGCGAGGAGAAGUUCGCAACCCAGGACAAGGUAGCGAAAUACUUUCGAGAUGUUGUCAGAAAGUGCAUCAAGUCCAAGGUGACGCUGGACGGUCAGGUCGCAACCCUCAUGGCGGACUUGUUGCCUAAGAUCGAGGAGCUGCUCGCUUCACGCAAGACUGUUGCUUCCGUGGAGACGAUCGAAGCCUUCGAUGAACAAGCGUUCCAGCGUGAGUUGAAGCGCUGCACUCGAGCCGCGCGACCCAAGGACCUUGAGGCGUCGCCGUGGCCAUUCGUCACCAAGGUCGAGAUCUUUCUCAAGAUCGAUGUGCUUCGAGACGGCGUCAUUCCUGCAGACCUUCCUGGAGUCGGAGACAAGAAUCAGCGUGUCGUGGAGAACGCUAUCCGAGAUCUGAAGCAGGCGGGCACAGUCUUGGCCUUUGCGGCGCAUGAUGACCGCUUGAAGGUCAACAAAGACCUCAAACUGCAUCUAAGGACCUGUAUCGAUGCCGGGAAGAUCAACAACAUUGUGCUUGUCCUGCCAAAGAUCGAUACGAUGCGCGAGCUCACGGAAUCGGAGCGCGACGACCUGACGGAGGAGGAUCUCGCGGAUGCAGUUGCAGCUGAGACUCGGCUUGAGGAGGUCAAUGCUCAGCUCGAAACUGCAAACCGCGAGCAACGUGAAUUCUCACGGAAAGGAGAAUCAGAACGUUUCAUGACCGGUCACGCUCGCUGCGCCGAGCUUGAACUGGAGUGCAAAGCUGCCGAGCGCUCAGUCCGCCAAGCUCACAUCCCCGUCCGAUGCAAGCGACUCAAGGAGGACGUGGCAUCGUUGUUGAAGGAAAUUGACAAAGGAAAGUGGGCGCCUGAGCUCAAAGUCUUCCCAAUCUCGAACGAACAGUAUCAGCUGCACCUCAUGCCGGUGGAUGGCAAGGCCCCUUUCCUCGACCUUGAGACUACGGGCAUCCCGGCUCUCCGACGCUAUCUGCUCACAGCUGCAGCCCUGGGCAAGUCUGAGCGCUUGGCACACCUUUGUUUGCAGAAGCUACCACUACUACUCAACGGAGCACAUGGUGUCCUGACCAAAUCACCGCUUGAGAGGAAGGAUGCCCUGCGCAAGAUCAUUGUGAAGACAGUGAACGGCGGGCAGAACGAUGCGACAGACGUGAAGACCAGCAUACUGGCAGAGUACGAACGCACGGUCAUGGCCGGAAUCGAGAAGAAACUGGACCGGUGGUGCGUCGACGCUCUCAUGCUCGUCACCAGAGGUGGUACCUGGGCGAAGAUGCACGGUGGCACCUUCGGUGCUGUUUGCAAUCGUCAAGGCUUCUUUAAGAGCAAGAAGGUCAGCACGCCGAAUCACUUCAACCGCGUUAUCUUCGAGAUCGUGCAAGAUGGGGUGGUCGAAGCUUUCGAUGACUUCGGCGACAAGUACCGCGAUGUUGUGUCGAACUUUCAUUCUUCAUUGAAGACCAAGCUCACCAAGCUGCAGAACAGCCUUACCGAAGGUAAGAUGGUCAACUUGGGAUCUUUCGAAGGCUUCAUUAAGGGCACCCUGGCAGACAUCCAGCAGCAGAUGGACACCAAGUUCGAGAAGCUUGAGGAAAUCAUCGACCGCACACGCCGCAACAUGAUACUAGAACCGUCGACUCUCUACAAGCUUGAGAACAAAGAACUAGAAAAGCCAAACUUCAUGGUCGAGGACGACGACGAGGACAUCAGCCAGGAUGAGGACGAUGAGGAUACCGAGCCCAGGAUGCCAGUAAAGCGCCAUCUCGUCGGCGCAGCCAUGGUAAAGGUCUACGUCGACUGCUUGAGCAGCACGAGAUCUGACCCGGAUCAGGGAGCGUCAGCCAAGGGUAAGCGCAAGAACAAAGGUACCAAGAAGAAGGGUCCGAAGAUGAACAUGCACAAGCUACGCCUUGAAUCUAUGCAGAACUCCUUCAGCAGCAAGCGGGAAAACGGCACUACCAAUCCCGACAACGUCUUCCGUCGCAUGGGUGCUCUAGCGAAGGGCAGACUCGAGGUGUACCUAGAAGAGUGGGCGACUGACUGCAACAACUUCAUCCAUAGUGGCUUGAAGAAGAUCCUCACGAACUUCGACAAGCGCUUUCAGAAGACGGAGGUCAAGACGGAGAGCGACAAAGAGGCGGUGGCAAUCUUCUUGGAGGCGCUGGAGAAGGCUAGUGAGGUCGUGGAUGGGGAGCUGAAGGACCUUGUCGUGCAGUUCACUUCUGCUAAGAAGGAGGAUAAGGUGGGAGAUCUGGUGAGCAUGUCGCAGGAUAUGUCCUUGCUUGGAUGA